GCAUGUAGUGCAUGUUUGUAGAUGACAUGUUAUAUUGUAAGUCAACAAAUAUAUAUAUAUAUAAUUUUUUUUAUUUUUUUUUCCUGUUGGUUUUCAACAUGUUUUCAUUGAGAGUAUCAGUACUUCUGGAACACUUCCAGCACAUUUUAACAAUACACUGAUGAUAAUGAUAACUGUGAUCAUGUGAAAUCAUUCUGACUGAAAAAAAAAAAAAAAAAAAAAACUUUUAAACGGAUAAAAAAUAUUUUUCAAGUAAACAUGUUAAUAUGGCAUUAUAUUAUUGAAAUAUUUAUUUAAAAUCUCAGGAGGGGUUCUUUAAGUCAAUAAUUUAGGCCACAGGGGUUCGGGUUACAAAAACCUUUGAACCCCUGCCCUUAAAGAAGCAAUAUAUUUCCGUUUCAGGUCUUCUUAUUGUGUCUUGUACUUUUACUUUAUGUUUUAUUUGUUAUUUAUUGAUUUAUUUCCCAGUUAAAUAGCCUUGUUAAGUUUGUGCCACUGUUAUGAUUAGAUAGGCAGUCUGAUGUGGACAGUUACUCCGUUCUAGGCAUUAUUAAAUUGAUUUUAAUUUUAUGCUAUUAUAACCGACAGAUUAAACAGCAAAAUAUUUUAUUUAGAAACAGUGUAGUUUGCAGUUGUCCGCACGAUGUCACUAGCCUUCCAUUUUUACAGGACAAUUUUUUUUUGACUCCCUAAGCUCCGCCUUAUUUUAGCUUCCCGAGCAGAGAGGCUUUGUUCAGAAUUCGCCAUUGUGUCUGGAAGCUGCUGUAGCGAGUGGUUUCCUGUGAAUAUUUCCUGAGUGACUAUGCUAUCGGAUUUUUAUCACUUUGGCAUAUCUAGAAGGUUUAGAGACAAUGGUGGCCAAAGGGCAAUCAAGAUUUCGGGUUGGGAUUUCUGCGUACUUUCUGUGUUGGCUUUGGAAUAUAGCAGGCGGACAGCUGGUGUAUUCGGUGUCGGAGGAAGCAAACCCAGGCACUACAGUUGGGAAUUUGGUGAAGGAUUUUAAUCUGAAUAUUCAGGAUCUUGAGGUACGAGGGUUUGAUAUCGUUCCGGGACCGAACAAGAGGUAUUUCGAUUUUAAUACUAAAACUGGAAUUCUCUAUGUCAGAGAGAGAAUUGAUCGAGAAGAGAUUUGCGAUCAGAAUAUUAAAUGUUCUCUGCCUUUGGAAGCCAUGAUUAGUUCCCCAUUGAAUAUUUACCGAUUUGAGAUACAUGUCUUUGACAUUAAUGAUAAUGCGCCAGCAUUUCGGACAUCAAUAACAAAUUUGAAUAUCAGCGAAUCAGCUAUUUCAGGGGAGAGAUUUCCAUUACAGAGCGCGUUUGACGCGGAUGUGGGCAGUAAUUCGGUAAAGAGCUACAAGCUGAGUCCAAAUGAACACUUUUCUCUGGAUGUACAGGGCGGUGGAGAUCAGAGUGUGUCCGCAGAGUUAGUGCUGCAGAAAGCUUUAGAUCGAGAGAAACAACCUGUUUUCCAGCUCACACUGACUGCUGUAGACGGAGGAAAACCUCCAAAAUCUGGUACAACAGAGAUUAUAGUUAACGUUGUUGAUGUUAAUGAUAAUAUUCCGGUUUUCACUAAGUCUUUGUAUAAAUCCAAAGUAACUGAAAAUGCAGCAAGUGGUACGCACGUGCUAACUGUUCAAGCAAUUGAUUUAGAUGAGGGUGUGAACGGUGAAAUCAUUUAUUCAAUAGUCAAUCAUAACAAUGACAAAAAUGUUGAUGCAUUUUCGAUAAACUCAGAAACAGGUGAGAUUACUGUAAAAAAAGAUGUGGAUUACGAGCAGAGGAAUGCAAUCGAACUCAGGGUACAAGCAAAAGACCGAGGUUAUAACCCGAAAGCAGCACACUGUAAAGUAUUGGUCGAGGUCUUGGAUAUCAAUGACAACAUUCCGGAGAUAUCUGUGACGUCUUUAGUGAGCACUGUUAAAGAAGAUGCUCCGAUUGACACAAUGGUUGCAAUGAUAACUGUAGCUGAUAAUGAUGCUGGUAAAAACGGACAGGUAACGUUAAAAAUGCAGGGAUCUGCUCCUUUUAAAGUUCAGAACUCGUACAAGAAUUAUUAUACUUUAGUUGUUAACGGGGCUUUAGACAGAGAGCAGACAUUUGAGUAUAAUGUGACUAUCACAGCUACAGAUGAAGGGACCCCGCCUCUCUCUAGCACCAGUGUCAUUACUAUACACGUUUCUGAUGUGAAUGACAACGCGCCGCGCUUUUCAGAUCCCAUCAUUAAUGUUUAUGUGAAAGAGAACAGUCAGAUUGGAGCUGUUAUUCAUACAGUAUCUGCUUUUGAUCCUGAUGUAGGUGAUAAUGCCCGGAUAACAUAUUCUUUACAAGAAAGCUCGAAAAGCGGCCCGAUAACAUCCAUGAUCAACAUAAACUCUGAGAGUGGAGAUAUACACAGUUUACAGUCAUUUAACUAUGAGGAGACAAAAACGUUUGAGUUUAAAGUUCAGGCCACAGACUCUGGUGUUCCUCCGCUCAGCAGUAACGUGACUGUCAAUGUUUUUAUCCUGGAUGAGAAUGACAACAGUCCCGGGAUUCUCGCGCCCUAUUCCGAGCUCGGUUCCGUUAACACAGAGAACGUUCCCUAUUCUGCUGAUGCGGGCUACUUUGUGGCUAAGGUCAGGGCUGUAGAUGCAGAUUCUGGUUACAACGCGCUGCUGUCUUACCACAUCUCUGAACCCAAAGGAAACCAUCUGUUCCGAAUCGGAACCAGCAGCGGGGAGAUCAGGACUAAGAGGAGAAUGAGUGACAAUGACCUGAAAACUCACCCGCUGGUCAUUUUGGUGUGUGAUAACGGGGAGCCCUCACUGUCAGCGACUGUGUCUAUUGAUGUUGUGGUUGUUGAAAGCGCAGGUGACAUCAAGACCACAUUCAGACAUGCGCCGAUAAAGGAGGAGAGUUUCUCGGAUUUAAAUCUGUAUUUGCUGAUCGCCAUUGUGUGCGUGUCCGUCAUCUUUUUACUGAGUCUCAUCAGUUUGCUAGCUGUAAAGUGCCACAGGACAGACAGCAGUUUGGGCAGGUACAGCACCCCGAUGAUCACCACACACCCUGACGGCAGCUGGUCUUACUCCAAAUCUGCUCAGCAGUAUGACGUGUGUUUUAGCUCGGACACACUGAAGAGUGACGUAGUGGUUUUUCCUGCGCCAUUUCCGCCUGCAGAUGCAGAACUGAUCAGUAUUAAUGGAGGAGACACUUUUACCAGAACACAAACACUUCCUAAUAAAGAAAAGGUAAGUCUUUCUAGGGGCCUCUAUUUGUCCAGUUAAAAUAUCCCUUUUCCCUCUUCAGUUCCUAUGUGUGCCUAUAGAUAGUUCCACGUCUUGUACUGAGUUCCUGACACCUCUGCAGAACCAUGGGCCUUUUUAGGUCGCCUGAGACUGAGAACUCUCCAUGGUGCUGAAACACACUAAGAUUAAGCAUAGUGUGAAUCUGUCCAGCAACAAUGUGCCGAAUUGAGUAGGACUUUUUAUGGUGCCUAUGGAAUACCACAUUUUAUGUUUGGCCAAAUUAUACAGAUCCGUUUCAAGGGUUUUUCUCAUAUUUGCAGCUGUAUUUUAUUUAAAGUUUUUUAUUGUUUGUUUGUUUUGUUUUCUCUUUAUUCAUUUAUUUUCCCUAGUUCUGGCCACUUGUAUUAUGCAGAAAUUACUAUGGUUGUUUCUAGGUCUGAACAUGAGUCAGACGGUUGUCACGUGGAGCGGAUUUGUCAUUGCCUGUGUCAUGUUGGUUAAGGAGGCCAUGCCUGGCUUCUGUGUUCCCCUGGAAUGAUCUCUGGCACAUAAACAGCAAAAAAGGAUGCUACCACUGAAUUUGUCUUUGCUUCUUACUGAUCCCUUUCAAUCCUUUUAGAAGCUAUUUCCCAAUUGAAUUUUCAUUUAAAUUCACUUUGUAUACAGGGUUCUGUAGAUUAGAAUUUUAGCUGCAGUCCAGCCACUCACUGUCACUCUCUCCCUGCAGCUGAGGCACCUCAGCAGGGUGGGAGCAAUACAGAUCAUUUCUUCAGCCUUUAAUUUGAAGAAGGGCUGUGUUAUGUCCCUAUAUAUAGUGCUGUGUCAUUCGCAGAUCAAACCUGUAUUUUAUUUCUUGCAUGGUUUGAUAUUGUUAAUGGCCAGUUGAAUGCUUUCUCUCUAUCAUCCCUAUGCUUUUAGGUCGAUCUGGUUGUGUUCGUCUCUGCUGUAUACUUUAGUAGAUUGUUAAAUCAGUUAAAUGCAUGAGGAUGAUUUAGUUGGUCUCUAAUCAACAUUAGAUUCCUACAUUUGGUCAUACUG